UAUAAAUAUUGUUAUGUUAUAGGUAUUAUUAUUGUUGUUGUAUCGAACAAAAGUUGUGGAUUAUUGAACACUUUAGGAACAAAGAAAACAAUCGACAUACACCUCGUAGUUUACGAUCGGUGAUCUCCGGACUGGGCCAGACGGUGAUUGACAUUAAUAAUAAUUAUUAUUGUUGAUUAUAUUUCUACUAGGGAUACGACUUUCGCUUGAAACUCAAACAACAACCGUCGUCGAAGAUGGGUGCUUUAUUUUCAUUGUGCACAGUUGGUCAACUGGCAUGUUGUUGCGGUCAAGCAGCAUGCUCCCUCUUUGCGUGUUGCCCGUCAUGCGGCAAUUCUACGUCGACAAAAGUGAUGUACGGCCUCAUGUUACUCGUAGCUAUUGUUUUAAGUUGUAUCACACUGGCCCCUGGACUACAAUCAUUUUUACAAAAGGUACCAUUUUGUGAGGGUGAUCACAACUCUGGCUUAACUAGUAACUAUGUCAGUAAUAUAUCUGGUGUUUCAAUCGAUUGUAAAAAUGCUGUUGGCUACAUGGCGGUGUAUAGAAUUUGUUUUGCUAUGUUCAUAUUCUUUUCACUCAUGUCAUUUAUUAUGAUGGGUGUGAAAAAUUCUCGAGAUGGACGAGCCCCCAUACAAAACGGAUUUUGGGGAUUGAAAUAUCUCAUUGUGUUUGCUGGUAUUGUUGGUUCAUUUUUCAUAGCGCCAGGAAGCUUUAGUCACAUAUGGAUGAUAUGUGGUAUGAUUGGAGGUUUCAUUUAUCUCAUCCUCCAGUUUGUACAAGUUUUAGAUUCUGCUCAUUCAUUGGCUGAAUCAUGGCUGGACAAAUGGGAACAAACUGAAGAUAAAAAAUGGUAUUUUGCGUUACUAUUUACUACAGUUGUAUCAUAUGGACUAGCAAUUACUGGAGUUAUUUUUAUGUAUCACAGUUUUACCCAGGAAAAUGGAUGUGCUUUGAAUAAAUUUUUUAUCAUAUUAACGGUCGUAAUAUGCUUAAUUAUUAGUUCGAUUUCAAUUACUUCAUGUGUACAACGUGUUCAUGAAAAAUCAGGUUUAUUGCAAUCGUCUAUUGUUAGCUUGUAUGUAGUGUAUCUUACUUGGUCGGCACUCAAUAGUGGUCCAGAAACUCAAUGUAAUAAGAGCUUGUCAGAAGUCUUGAGUCUGUCCAAUUCAGAUGGUUCUAAAGUUCAUUUGGGUUCAGAAAAUUUCAUCAGUAUAGGCAUUUUUGUUUUAUUUGUACUAUACUCGGCUAUAAAAACGGGAUCAUCCUCAAAAUUCUCCAUGAGCACUUCUACUGAAAGAAGCAAUGAUAGUGAUCUUGAAGGAGGACCUGUAUCGGACAACGAUGAUAACUCUGGUAAACUAUUUGAUGAUGAAAAAGAAGGAGUUGCUUAUUCAUGGUCAUUUUAUCACUUCACAUUUGCAAUGGCCACUUUAUUCCUGAUGAUGACACUCACAAAUUGGUAUUCACCUAACUCCAGUUUAGACAACCUUCAUCCAGAUUAUGCAUCUACAUGGAUUAAGAUAUUAUCUUGUUGGGUUUGUGCUGGGCUUUAUGUUUGGACAUUAGUGGCACCAAUUAUAUUACCAGAGCGUGAAUUUUAAACUUCAUAAUCAUUAAAAGUAUUAAAUAAGUUGUUUUAAGCUCAUCUAUUAAUAUUUUUAGUUUUAAUUUUAUAUCUAUACAAUAUCAAACUAUUAUUAUUUAAUUUUUAUAUAAUAGCUGAGCAAUAUGUUAUAACCAUGGAAAAUAAUUCCUGUCUAUUCUACUAUAAUUAAAUCAAUUAAAAGCAUUUAUGAUCAACA